AUGAGGUCAUCUGGAGUCAGACCGCAGCGCCCUGAAGAGGAGGGAGUGGGAGAGGAGGAACAGGAGGUCCAACAGGAUGAAGACCUGUUCUCCACCGGAUUCAACCUGUUCGGAGAACCUUAUAAAACCAAUAAAGGUGAUGCGUUGGCCAAUCGCGUCCAGAACACGCUGGGCUCCUACGAAGAAAUGAAAGACCUUUUAACCAGCCAUUCGAACCAGAGCCACUUGGUGGGAAUCCCCAAAGGCAGCAACAACCCACAGACCCCGACCACUUCAACGACGGAGAGGCCCACCAUGGAGCCCCAGCUCUUCAACGAAGCCCUGAGAGGAGGAACAGCUGGAGGAGGAGGAGAUGGAGGUGGAGGUGGGGACAAGAGGAUGGGAAAUGCUUCCACCUCAUCGUCAACUUCCAUGCAACCCCCUGCUUCGACCACAUCGUCAACAAGCUCCACAACAAUCCCACAUCAGAAUUCGAAAAAGUCCCGAAGUUCUAUGGACUGGUCGAAACACGGACAGAGCACCCAGGGAGCGGGCCUCGUUCUGGGGUUAGCGCAGAAGGGGCAGGGCCAGGUCACCACAGCAACCAGUGGAAGAGGGAACAUUUCUUUAUUAGAGGAACAGCAACUGCAAAGGCAUGAAGAGCUGUUCAGCUCACUAAAAGAUGAACUUGGUCUUAAAGGGGACUCUAGCCCUUCUUCUUCCUCCUCGUCCUCCUCUUCCUCGUCUUCUUCUAGGAGAAGACACCCUUCACAUCCCUCCAAAACUCUUCCUCUCCCAGAUGGUGGCAAUUUUCGAUCCUCCACCAUGGACGGUGGCCAUUUUAAGUCUUCCACUAACACAGAAAAUGAUGGACAUUUUAAAUCCUCCCCGUUUGAAAACGUGACGGGUUCUCACCUGUCUACUUGCUCCUCGCCGCUGGCUUCAACAUCAGUUCUGACCACGCCCACUCCCGGUCUAACCACGCCCACAUCUGGACUGACCACCCCCACCUUCCCACCUGGUAGCCUAUCAGGGAAGCCCAUCGCAAUCCAGCAGAAGCCCACAGCGUACGUUCGACCAAUGGAUGGCCAGGACCAGGCGCCCAGUGACUCCCCCCAGCUCAAACCCCCUCUAGUGGCCACAGAGGACUUUAACAACGGUCAGGCUUACGGAGGAAACUCUGGGAACGCCAAGAAUAAACUGCCAAAACUGAGUCUCGGCCACACAGGGGAGGUCAGCCUACCAAAUGACUCCAGCUGUGUUGAAGAGAUUUUGCGGGAGAUGACCCACUCCUGGCCUCCUCCUCUCACUGCCAUACACACUCCUGGGAAGGCUGAGCAGACCAAGUUCCCCAUCCCAAACAAGGAGUCGCAGCAUGUGACCUCGGGCUACAACACCCAGAAGAGAUGUACUGUAUCAGCUAACAAGCCUGCUGCGAAACCUCCAACUGCACCACAGAAGUCAAUGCUGGAGGAUGACCUGAAGAUCAGCAGCGACGAGGAGGAGGCCGAACAGCAGGUGUCUGACAAGCCCAAAGCCCGAGGCACAGCCAUAAGUGCGGCGUCGGGGAGCAGCAGCGAAUCAGAGAGCAGCUCGGAGUCGGACACAGACGAAUCAGAGAGCAGCUCCAGUGACAGCGAGUACAAUCAGGCCUCGCGCACACACACUCCAGAGCCCGAGCCCUCCGCCAACAAGUGGCAGUUAGACAGCUGGUUGAAUAAAGUCCAAGCUCAAACCAAACCCCUGCUUCCCCUUCAGCAAGAACAUGCCACAGGCGCCAUCCCCCGGCGUGCUUCUCCAGGGAGAGAAGCACCAGGAGUGGGUACAGCUGUCAAGACUAAGCCCUGUGGAUCCACCAGCACCCCUGCUCCUGCUGCACCCACGCUCGAACACAAAGAACCCCGAGGAGCCUUAUGCCCGGGCAGAGAGAAAGCCAAGGCCAAGCUGAGCCAGAAGGCCUCCGGGGAGGGUCAGAGGUCAAAGAUGAGGAUGUCACCGGGCCUGUUGUCAGGGCCGGAGGUCACGACCCCGAGGAGGAUCACCACAGGGAAGAAACAGCCCAGACGGACGGAGAGGUCAAACAGUGUGGAGGAGAAUCAGAGCCAGACGUGGAGCAGAACAAACCAGCAGAGCCCUGCAGCGAGGGAGAAGGACCUGUUGCCUCCUCCCUCCCUGGAGCUUCAAAACCCCCCGAGGCCACGCAGCAAACCCCCCAGUGGGAAAACAGCCCCCAGGAAAGAGCCUCGCAGUGCUACCAACACAAACAACAACACAAACAACAACACAGCGACUCUACCAGCCGCACUCCAGCAAACCCCCGCGCCAAUUCCUGCUGUCAGUGUAAACCAGGACAAGAAGAAACACAGAGGCCCAAGCACCAAAAUCACCCCAAAGUCCCGAGAGUUCAUCGAAACAGAUUCCUCGUCCUCAGAAUGCCACUCGGAUUCGGAGGAGGCGAUCAAAGUCCCCGCUCUGCCUCCUCAGACUGCGCGCUCUGCCAUCAGCACACACACUCUGUCCAGCGCGCACACACACACUCCUCUACUCCCGUGUCUCGCCUCUGCCGGCAGUAUGGGACCCUCGGGGGGGAAGGGGCUCCGGGUCAAAGACAGUAGCAGCGGGAUAGCUAACGGUAGCAGCAGUAACGGUAGCAUCGGGGCUUGUGGGAACACCCUGAGCGUUAGCAACAUUAGCGGCUCAUUUGGCCCCUCUGUACCUGAUCCUGGGGGGUCAGGGGUCCCAUGCAAAGAGUCCAUGUCUCCCCCGUCCAAUAUCGGAAACGAGGCGCCCCUGUCUCCGCUCAGGGAAUACCAAGAAGUCCAGAGUUUAUGGGUGAAAAUUGACCUGAGCUUUCUCAGCAGGGUGCCUGGCCAGGGUCCGGGGGACAGAGCCAAAGUAGAGAGGGACGGAAGUGAGAGACAGGGGGAGAGGACAGAGAGACAGAAGCAGGCAGAGAGAGAGAGGCAGAAGCUUCCUAAAGCUGAGAAACAGGAAGAGGAGAAUGAGCGAUUAGCGCAGGACAGAGAGAGGCAGAUGGACAGAGAGGACAGGGGGGAGAGGGAGAAGGUGUGCCAAGGUCUGGGGGUCCUGGAUACCCCCCCUGUGCUGGAGCAGAGUAAUCCCAGGCUGGCAGGCAGGACAGAGAGAGCAGAGAGCGGAGGCAAACACAGGGUGCCGGCAGCAGGAACCAUGGUGGUCCCCGCAGAGAAACACACCAGCAAGAGCAAGAGGAAACACAAGACAGAGCACAGCGAGGCAUCAGUCAACGGCAAUAAGAAGCUGCGGUUGGACAAAGACUGUCUGCUCCUCCCACCAUGCAUCUCUCCAAUACACAACCACACGAACAGCACCACAGACAGCUCAUUAAACAGGAAGCAGUCUCGGCGGCGCGACGACAAGCUGCUCCCCCCCCUCCUGUCCCCGCUCUCUGACGGCCCCCCUCGGAAAGGAACGUGUGACAGCAGUUCCUCUCUCAGCCAGGAGGGCGCUGCCACGCUGCCCUGCUCCUCCUCUUCCUCCUCCUCUUCCUCACACAGACACAGGAGAGGGGAAGAAAAGGCGUCAUCACAUGCGAGGAACGGCAGCGAAGUUGAUACCCGCAAUGAGAAGCCCAGUGGAGACAGUUACCAUGCCAACGGACCGUCAGACUCGGAGGUGUGGUCGGAACCUCGCCGACCCAGACUGUCAUUCAGCGACACAGUCCACAGUGCUGACUACUACAUGCAGGAGGCCAAGAGACUGAAGCACAAGGCCGAUGCUCUGGUGGAUAAGUUUGGUAAAGCGGUGAACUACGCAGACGGCGCGCUCUCCUUCAUUGAUUGUGGAAACGCAAUGGAGCGAGAUCCACUGGAGGCUAAAUCUCCGUACACCAUGUACUCUGAGACCGUGGAGCUGAUCAGGUACGCCAUGAGGCUCAAGAACUUCGCCAGCCACUCAGCCACCGUCGCUGAGAAGAAGCUCGCCGUGUUGUGUAACCGCUGUCUGUCUCUGCUGUAUCUGAGGAUGUUCCAUCUGAAGAAAGACCACGCUGUCAAGUACUCACGGUCGCUCAUGGAGUACUUCAAGAAUUCAGCCAAGACUUCUCACCAAGCACCCUCUCCCUGGAGGACUAAUGGCAAGGUGAAUGGGACUCCCUCUCCCCUCUCUCUCAGCCCCUCCCCAGCCAGCAGUGUAGGUGGAGGAGCAGGAGGAGGGUCUGGAGGGGCCCCGGGCUCCUCAGGAAGCGUGGCUAUUCCCCAACGGAUCCACCACAUGGCUGCCAGUCACGUUAACAUCACCAACAACAUCCUGCGGAGCUACGAACACUGGGAGACAGCAGACAGGCUGGCCUCUGACAGCCUAGAGUUCUUCCAGGAGCUGGACUCUGCGAUGGAGCCGCUGAGUCAGCAGAGCAGCAUGACGGAGCUGGUCCGAUACAUCCGGCAGGGGCUCCACUGGCUCCGUUCAGAGGCCCACCUGCUGUAAGAACUGGACCCCAGCCAACAUGUAAAAAAGAAAAAAAAGAGAGCGAAACGGGCCUCUGGGCUAGAACUGGGAUAACAAGUGAGAUGAGAGUCAUGACGAUGCUUCAGUUCCCACCGGGAUCCCUCAAAUGACCCGGCACCACCCACAGUAAUGUACCAGCAUACACUGGGUGGAUUAAUUGGGCUGAAAUUCACCUGCAAUUAGAGACUGAACAGUAAUUAAGUUUGGGAAUUUAGACUGUGAAUCACAGAACACAAAUUAGCACAUUAAACAUUUGGCUGAUUCUGCUUUUUAGAGCAACUGUGUAUCAGUGCAGGAAGCCUAACGCCCUAAAGGGACAAUACAGGCCCCUGACUAGAAAUAAAAAGCACAGAGGCAAGGUAAAAAAAUAAAUGUUUUAUAAAAGAUGUGGCUGAUGAGAUUCUGGAGUCUGGAGAAGAGGAAGGAGCUGAACAGAGGCUCACCUGCUCCAUCAGCGGCCCAGAAACGCCUCAGUUGUUGAUACUAGAAUCAAAAGCCUCGGGCUGAUAUCGAUUCAUGUGGAGUACCGGUCCAAUCCAUCAGAUAAGGAACGCUCUGGAGAAGGAAAAGAGGCUCAGCUACAUAUACUGGAGUUGAAUUGAUGGAGGCUGGAGUAGUUCUGUUUCAGUCAGAAGUUAGAAUCUUCCGCUGAGAAAUAAACUAAAAACACAGUAUCUGGUCACAAAGAUACAUUUUUGAAGUUAUGCUACUUGAGAUUUUCAUCCAAUCAACUACAUUUUUAGUGGUGUUUAUGGCUGGAAACAAUGAAUGUAUUUACUUUAAUAAGAUGCCUUUUAUUAUAAAGUAUAUCUUGCGUUUUUUUGCGAAUUCAAAUGUCGUAUACAUGCGUUGGAGAAUCACAGGAAACUAUUUGCGAAAGACCAAAGAAGGGCCACUUUUGACUGGCAUUUCAAAGAGAAAGCAUAUUUGCAUAAUUACAGAUAUUUAGCUACAGUAAUACAUAAGCUAAAUACAGAAACACUCUUGCUUUUUUUAUUCUCAUGUAUUUCUGACAGAGCAAGUAAAUAUCCCUUAAGAAACGGCACUUAACUCAGUAAACACUGUGAAGUGUUAACUCUAUUCGAUCUUUUUACAUUAAUUAGCGUAAUGCUCAUAAUUCUUCGUAUGGUUUAACAUUGUGUUAAAAGUUGGAAACAUAAGCACUUUUGCAAGUUACGACAUCAGUUGUAAACGAUGGAUUGUUUCUGUGAACCGCCGUCAACAAAAAUGUAGCGAUCGCAAGGAAAUUCCUUUCGUAAAGGAUGAUCCAGUGUAUGCUAAACUAAAGGAGAUUAUUAGGUAAGCAUGGAGGCUCCUUUCCUAUCAUCUAGACCAGCAGUUUUCAAAGUGUGAGGCGCACCUCCCUGGGGGG